AUGUGUGGCAUCAGCCUCUCGCUCAGACUGGUGCCUCAUCACAGCUCGUCAUCAGUGCAGGAUCAUCUCUCAAAAUCGCUGGAAGCACCCAUCAAGGCUCGUGGGCCAGACUCAUACCAGACAUUCCAGACCCGCAUUCCGCUCGAUUCCCAAUGGGAUGUCGAAUUGACACUCAGCGUCAGCGUCCUCAGUCUUCGCGGGACAGGGACGGUACGUCAGCCUGUGGUUACCCAUAGAGGCGUCCUGGCGUGGAAUGGGCAGAUCUUCCAAGGCGUCCAUGUCGGCAAAGAGGACAAUGAUACCGCCAAAUUGGCGGAAUUGAUCGACUCGACAGACGUUGACGAUCCUCGAGCACUACUGCCACACAUAGAGGGCCCAUACGCCUUUGUAUUCUUCGAUACCAAAACCCAGACGCUCUUCUUCCAAGUGGAUCCCUUGUCCCGUCGAUCGCUCCUGAUACACCCUAUCGACCACAAUGCUCCAAUGCAGACGUUCAUGCUGUCCUCUACCCGGGUAGAAUCCCUAUCGAGACUCCAAGAUGAUCCGAGAGUCUCUGACGACAAUGAAUCCCACGUCGCCGACUUUUUGCAACGAUUGGCUUCCAGCGUGAGACGGCGGAUAGAGAAUAUCCCAAACCCACGUUCAGGUGACGCUCGAGUAGCUGUUCUGUUCUCUGGUGGCGUGGAUUGCUCCCUGCUGGCUGCGUUGAUACAUCGCUUUAUUCCCGCAGACGAGCCUAUCGACCUUCUCAAUGUCGCGUUUGCGCAGUUGCCAGAUGCUAAAUCUGUGGAUCUGCCACGCUUUGACGUACCUGAUCGUCUCUCUGGCAGGCAGAGUCUGGGCGAGUUGCGAGCGGCCUGUCCUCGCAGGCAAUGGCGUUUCGUCGAGAUCAAUGUUUCACAGAAGGAGUGUGAGGAGCAUCGUUCGGCCGUCAUGGAUUUGAUGUAUCCAAACGCGACCGAGAUGGACCUAUCGCUUGCGUACCCGCUUUACUUUGCAUCGCGAGGACAGGGGCAUGCUCAGGCUGAGGCAUAUGAGCCAUACUCCACAGCCGCGAAGGUGUACAUCUCUGGACUGGGGGCAGACGAACAGCUCGCAGGUUACGCGAGACAUCGGGGGGCAUUUCAACGAGACGGUAUCGGCGGUCUCCUUGAUGAACUACAGAAGGAUCUCGAUCGUUUACCGACACGCAACCUAGCUCGAGACGAUAGGCUCAUCUCGUCACACGGUCGAGAAUCUCGGUACCCCUAUCUGGAUCUCUCGUUCGUCACAUAUUUAUCCUCCCUCCCGCUGAGUAUCAAGUGCGAUCUCUCCCGCGAAGGAGGCGACAAGGCGUUGUUGAGAGCAGCAGCGGCCAAAUGUGGUCUGACAGAGACGAGCCAGCGAAUCAAAAGGGCCAUGCAAUUUGGUACCAGGAGUGCCAAGAUGAGUGGUCAGGACAAGCCGAGAGCGAAGCGAGGUCAACAGUUGGCGAACGAGUGA